GUUCGUUCACCAAACCGCUUUAAAGAUUCGCGCAGGCGCCCGUUCGAAUAAACUUGCAACCCGGAGGGUGAAUCGUCUAUCAGUGCAUCGCGCGCCUCCGCGAAGUGAUCAUGACGUGCUUCGAGCAUAUGACAAAGCGUAACAAGUCCAAUUCAUGCAGGAGCAAUAACGAUUAUAGUCUCCAGCUGACCCGUUGGUUCCUGAUACCGAUCGCCGCUUGGCCUCGUGCGGCUCCGUCGACGGUCGAGAAAAUCUCCCUGCAAGCGCACGUUCUUGCUUGCUACUUGCUGAUUGUAGUCGUCAUGGUGCCGUGCUUUCUGUACAUGUCGCUGGAGGAGAACGAUAUCCAGAUGAAACUGAACGCGAUGGGCCCGUUGAGCCACUGGAUUAUGGGCACCAUCAAUUACUGGCUGCUCCUCACGCGCAGCAACGACAUCCGCGAAUGUGUGCGACAUAUGGAGAACGAUUGGCGGCUGGUUCAACGAGCAGACGAUCAGUGGGUGAUGCUGCGGUACGCCCGAAUUGGCCGCUUUGUUGCCGCUUUCUGCGCGGUGUUCAUGCAGAGCGGCACGUUACUCUUCCAAGUAGUCAAGGCGAUGACAUCGAUGCCCGUAGUCGUCGGUAACGAGACUGUGUUAGUACAUCCGAUGACCUGUCCGAUCUACAGCAAGUUUGUCGACACGAGGUUCAGCCCGGCAAACGAGAUCAUGCUGGUCGUGCAGAUACUGUCAUGUUUCGUGGUGAACUCCAUCACGGUUGGCGCGUGCAGCCUCGCCGCGGUCUUCGCGAUGCACGCUUAUGGUCAGCUGAGCAUGCUGUUCUCGUGGUUGAACGAGCUCGUCGCGGAUGAAGACAAGGGGAACGAGUUUGCCGAUCAGAAGUUGGCUGUUAUCGUGGAGCAUCACUUGAGAGUACUGAGUUUUAUAUCGCGUAUGGAGAGUCUCAUGCAACAUAUCUGUCUUGUGGAAUUAGUGGGAUGUACCUUGAAUAUGUGUUUGCUUGCAUAUUAUACUAUUACGAAUUGGAGCAAUUUUGAUGCAGGAAGAAUGACGUCAUAUUUUUUUGUAUAUGUAUCUAUGGCUUUCAAUAUUUUUAUAUUUUGCUAUAUCGGCGAGAUUCUGACAGAACAGUGCAAAACUGUGGGAGAAAAGGCAUAUAUGACUGAUUGGUAUAAACUACCCCACAAAACUGCUCGUGGUCUCCUUUUGAUAAUAGCGAGAUCGAGCAACGUUAUCAAGAUAACCGCUGGAAAAUUAUUUCAAUUAUCUAUUGCAACUUUUGGUGAUGUAAUUAAGACUUCCGUAAUAUAUUUGAAUUUAAUAAGAACGAUGACUUCUACAUGACCUAUGUUAAAGUAGGAACCUUGCAUAAUAUUUAUAUAGCAAUAUAUUACAUAACAAGUA